AUGACCGAAUCACUCAUCAUAAUCCUCUACCCAACCACCUGCCUCAUCGUCUCUGUCAUUCUCCUCCUCCUCCUCAACCGAACCCUGAUAAUCCGCCUCCUAGCCAACUGUGCUCACCUUAUCGACUCGGAAAACCAAUACAUCGAACUACACGCUCACUCCGACCCCGACUCUGGGCCUGAGCCUAAGCCAGAGCCAGAGCCCGAGUGCGACUCCUCUGAAAACCCUAAUUACCAACGCAUGCCAGUCACUCCCAGCGAGUGUGAUUACCUUCCCUCCGCCCCCUCAUACGCGGCCUCGACUUCAACCGAUGAGGAGGAUCGGUCCUUGUUCUUCCCCGCAUCGCGGCCCAGGACCAGAACCCCGCUGGGGCUGGACAAGUACUUUGAUCCGGAGACGGGGGUGCUUUACCCGCGGGCGUUGGAGGCCUGCCCGGUGAUUCCGGAGUGGGAGGUGGAGUUGGAGAGGAGGAUUGAGGGGGGAUUGAGGUUGGGGUUGGAGGCGGGGUGGGAUCGCGCGGUAGAUUGCUUGGUGAGAAUGUUUCGGGGCUUGAAUGUUUGA